AAACCGUCUUAAGAUGGACACGUUUUUUAAUUUUGUAAUAAUUUUUGUAUGCAUAUUUGAACUCACGCAUUCCACUCGUGAUUGGAGAGUGCAACGAUUAAAUCAAUUUCAGCAACAAUAUAAUAACAGUAAAGCUGAUAUAAUUUUUUUAAUUGACGUGUCUGGUAGUAUUAGCGACGAUGGAUUCAAUACAGAGAGAGAGUUUGUUUCUUCACUGCUCAGUAAAAUUAGUGUUCAACCAUCUGCAGCUCGUAUAGCUGUGGUCACUUUUGGUAGAGAUAUUAACAAAGAUAUAGACUACAUAGAUUAUGGAUAUUUAGAUAAAAAUAAAUGUACAUUUAACGAAGAAUUUAAGCGUGUAAAGCAUCGUAAAGAAGGAUGGACAAACAUUAAUGGCGCGUUGCAAAAAGCAAAAGCUUUACUCGAUAGUGCAAAUGAAAAAAAAUUUAAACGUCAUAAUGUAAACACAGUGGCUGUUUUGCUUACAGAUGGUGGUUGGAACUAUGGAGGAAGUCCAUAUGACACAGCUACAAAUUUAAGAACUGGUUUUCACUACGUUGAUAUAUUUUCAAUUGGUGUUGGACACUGGCUCGAUAGGAAGCAAUUAAAAAACAUAGCUGGUAAAGAAGAAAAUGUUAUUAUAGCGAAAGAUUUUUCUGACUUUAGUGGGCUUGCAACCACCAUAAGAGGAGAUCAAGUUGAAAGUUUGUAUCAAGUUGUAGACAUAUCUCGCUGUGGCAUAACUUGUGAUGUAAAUGCUCGUUGUUCAUGUGGAACAAUAAGUGGCAUAUACACUUGUGCUUGCCUACAUGGUUUUUAUGGAUCAGGAAGUCCUGGUAGAUGUUAUGAGUGUCCACUUGGAACAUAUAAAAAAUAUCCUUCACCUGAUCCUUGUAUCCCUUGUCCAAAAUUUUCAACAUCACAUAAAACUGGAUCUACAUCUCCAGCAAAUUGUGUGUGUUUUCCAGGUUAUACUGGGCACCCAGAAGUUGGUUUACCGUGUGUUCCAAAACAAUGUCCAAAACUACCUUCAAAUAUAGUGAACGGUCAGGUAUCAUCUUGUGGAACAUUGUUUUCUGAAACUUGUACAUUUUCUUGCAACCCUAAUUAUCAUGUUGCAAAUGAAGUUGCUGUAGUUACAUCAAGAAAACUGACAUGCACUUUAGAUGGUCAAUGGGACAAACCCGUUCCAUUAUGUGUCGUCAUCGAGUGUGCUAACCCCCAUGAUCCUCCAAACAUGGAAGUUAAAUGUAGUGGGUUUACUGUUGGAAGUCAAUGUGGAUUUAAAUGCAAACCAGGUUACAUAUUGGAAGGUGCAAAUAUGCGAGAAUGCAGAAGUAAUGGACUUUGGACUCAUGAUAUGCCAUAUUGUAGAAUUGUAACAUGUCCUCAAUUGCGCAAGAUUGACAAUGUCAAUGUUAAUCCUAUAAAAUGUUUAAAUGAACCAACAGAUUUUAAUGAUGCAUGUUCUUUCUCGUGUAAGCCUGGGUUUCAAUAUAUUUCUGGUGAACAAAAUCGAGUUUGCUUACAAGAUGGUACAUGGAGUGGAAAAGAACUUGUUUGUUUAGAUAAAACUCCUCCCUCCAUCAGAUGUCCAGAACCUGUUCUUGCUGAAUCUGAGCCUGGUCGAGCAUACAAAGAAAUAAGUUUUUUACCUCCAUCUGUAAUUGAUAACUCAAUAUCAGGGAGUGAUGAUAUAACAGUUACUCAAUCACCAUCAAAUAUUGUUUCUCCAUAUGAAUUUCCUAUUGGCAUAACUCUUAUAUUGUUUACAGCUGUGGAUACUGCAGGAAAUUCAGAUUCUUGCACUUUUCGUGUUGAAAUUGUUGAUAGAGAACCACCAAUUUUUACAUAUUGCCCAGAAGAUAUUCUUGAAACCACAACUUCAGCUAUUGAUAAACAUAAAAAUGUUGCAUGGAGCUUACCAAAAUUUAUAGAUAAUUCUGGUUAUGUAAAUCUAACCUACUCAUCACACGAAUCUCCACACAAAUUUCCUGUGGGGCCAACUCAACUUAUACAGUAUGAUAUAGAAGAUUCAUCAAAUAAUCGAGCUACUUGCGAGUUUUUCAUAAAAGUUGAAUCUAAGACCUGUCCAAAACGUGAACCACCUAUUAAUGGUGCAGUUGGAUGCCAGUACGUUGGUGGAAUGGGCCAUAUGUGUUCAGUAAACUGUCAGAAUCCUUACACAUUUAAUGGGCCACUUGCAUUUUCAUAUGUUUGUACAAUGAGUGGAACUUGGAGUACUAUUCCCCCAGGAUUUCGUGACUCAAUGUGGCCAGAUUGCACUGCCAUGCAACCUCAAGAAGGUAUGGGUCAAAAAAUGAAGUUUUUUUACUACAGUGGAAAUUGCCAUGAUAGUUUUGAAGCUCGAUCAAUAAUUGCUGACAACUUUGUAAAACUUCUGGAUAGGGUUAUGCGUAAUGAAGGAGGCUGUGCAAAUGCUGCAAAUGCUCGUGUAUGUCAAUCAGAAAAUGUUGAAAUAACUUGUGGUAAAGUAGAAACAAUUAAUGGAAGAAGAAAAAGAAGUUUACAAAAUUCUCUAGAAAUAACAGUUGACAUUAAUAUUCGUUCAAAAGAAAAUUCUACAGUGCAAGAACAUGCUGUCGAAUCUCUUUCACAAAAAGUAAAGAACCUUAAGAAUGAUGGAACACUUAUAGCUAAUCAAAUUAAAGUCAUGCAUAUAGAUGGGGAUAGCUUGGUUCUGAAUCACAUAGAGACAGUUGGUUUAGUGACUGGAGUUUGUUUAGAUGGAAGUGUUUAUGAUAGACUAGAACAGAAAUUGGGCCAAUUCCAAAAAAGUUGUGUUAGUUGUGUUGCUGGUAAGUAUUUUGAUAGAUUGCAUCGUGUAUGCCUUGAUUGUCCAAAAGGUACAUACACUGAGACUCCUGGUCGUCUUGGUUGUACAUCAUGUCCACUUGGUAAGACAACUCAAUCAGUAGGAACAUUUAAUUCUACACAUUGUAAAGAACCAUGUGCUCCUGGUUCAUACUCUAAUACUGGCCUAGAACAUUGUCACUUGUGUAGUAAAGGAACAUAUCAGCCUAAGCCAUAUUCAAAUGAAUGUAUUAAAUGCCCUGGUUCAUCAACAACACUUUCAGAAGGAGCAAAGCACCUAGAAGAAUGUGGCAUGAUCUGUCCUGCCGGUACUUAUUCAAAGACAGGAGUUGAACCAUGUUAUCCUUGUGCAAUGGGUUUUUAUCAGCCUUGGGUAGGUCAAACAAAUUGUAUUCAAUGCCCUGGAUUAUUAUCUACUCAUAUAACUGGAUCUACUAAUGAAUUAGAGUGUAAAGUUAUUGAUAAUUGUAUAUCAAGUCCAUGCAUGAAUGGAGCAGUAUGUAUCUCGGAAUGGAAUUCAUUUAGAUGUGUUUGCAAGUUAGGUUUUAUUGGAAAAUUUUGUGAAGAAGAAAAAAAUGAAUGCUUAGACAACCCCUGUUAUCAUGGUUCUGCCUGUGUUGACGGAAUCAAUAAUUUUACUUGCAUUUGUCAAGAAAAUUAUAAAGGAAAAUUUUGUUCUGAGAAAAAACCAAUGUGCGACACAAAGAUGUGCUCAAAUGGUGGUACUUGUUAUGAGAUCCCAGACGGCAUAGAGUGCAGUUGUGCACCUGGAUUAACUGGAAAGUACUGUGAAGAAAUUAUUGAUGAAUGUGCCUCUUCUCCAUGCAAAAAUGAAGGUACUUGCUUAGAUUCUCAUCGAGGCUAUCAAUGCUUAUGCAAGUCUGGUUUUACAGGGGCUUUAUGUCAAGAUAAUGUUGAUGAUUGUUACAACAAUGCAUGUUUAAAUAAAGGUGUUUGUAUUGAUGGAGUUAAUAGGUUUUCAUGCUCUUGUGUCAAGGGAUAUAGUGGAGAAAGAUGUGAAAUUAAUGUGAAUGAUUGCUUUUCUUCUCCUUGUCGAAAUGGUGGCUCAUGCAUUGACCAAGUAAAUGGUUAUAAAUGUCAAUGCCCUUCAACAUUUUCUGGACCAACUUGCGAGACAAGAAACGCAGUAUCCAACUUCGACCUUGUUUUUGAUAGAACAGUACAAGGUUAUGCUAAAUCUACUAUUAAUGAAUUAAUUGAUGAGUUCACAGUUGCAUUUUGGCUAAAAACAUCACCAACGGAGAUAGAAUCAGGCACAGUUUUGUCCUAUGCAAUUGGUGACAGUGACAGUUUUGUAGAUAAUGCCUUAGUCUUGGGUAAUAUGAAUCAUGUUAUGCUAAAUAUAAUGGGAGAGGAAGCACCAACAAAUAUUUCAGUUGCCGAUGGCUCUUGGCAUCAUGUUGCAAUAGUAUGGUCUAGUAAAAGUGGGAAGUAUCAAACAUUUAAAGACGGAAUUAAAAUUGCUGAAGACAUUAACUUCCAGAAAGGAAAGGCUAUUCCAGCGGGUGGUGUUUUUAUAAUAGGACAAGAGCAAGAUGAAGUUGGCAGAAAUUUCAGUGCUUCUGAAGCGUUUGAUGGUCAUCUUAGCCAGCUAAAUAUGUGGAAUUAUGUAAUGACAGAAAAUGAAAUUUUGGGGAUGUCUUCUUACAGAUGUGAUAUGUUGUUUGGAAAUAUUGUUGCUUGGGCAGAUUUUAAUAAUCCAUCUAUUGAUGUAAAAAAAGUGGUUGGUUUUUGCACCAAUAGCCAAUCAAAGUUUCAUCCUUGGAGUACAAGUCAAGUAAUACCUUGUCCUGGUCAAGUCAUCAGUGCUCAGUGUCUUACCUUGGACAAAAUGGGGAUAAAAGAGCUUAACUUGUUUGGAGCAACAUGCACAACUAAAGGGUUUUUUUGCUCUAAUGCUGAUCAAAAAAAAUUUGAUGUAAAUAAUAAUGUUGUUUGUCCUUUUCAGAUGCAAGUACGAUUUGAAUGCCCUUACACCGGUGUCAAUGAUUGUUUGUUUAACAAGUGCAAUGGAAAUGGUCUAUGUAUUGAUACUCUACAAGGAUAUAUCUGCAGAUGCAAUGAUGGUUUUUAUGGAAAGAAUUGUGAAAAUGAGUUGCCAUGUACUUCUUUACAACCAUUUGUUAAUGGCAUUGUUUCUCAAACUAAUGGUCUUGUUACAAUUAGCUGUAGACCAGGUUUUAAACUAAUCGGAUCAAGCUCAUUGCAUUGUGUUAAAGGAAAGUAUAACAAAGAAAUUCCUGAGUGUAUAGAUUUGGAUGAAUGCUUAUAUUCAAAUGGAAACUGCCAGCAUAAGUGCUUGAACACUAUUGGCUCAUAUUUAUGUCAAUGUAAUGAAGGGUUUGAGAUGCAAGGAAGUACUUGCGUAGAUAUCAAUGAAUGUUUAACUAACAAUGGUAAUUGUCAAGAUAAGUGUUUUAAUACAUAUGGGAGUUAUUCAUGUCAAUGCAGAGCAGGAUUCAAGAUCAGUAGCAAUCUUCGAUCAUGUCAAGAUAUUGAUGAGUGUGUUGGCACACAUGAUUGUUCACAGCUAUGUGUUAACACUCAGGGAUCAUAUAAGUGUCAAUGUAAACCUGGUUUUGUUUUGGCUGGUAAUGGAAAAAGUUGUCAAAAAAUUUUAUGCCCACAAUUAAAUGCACCAACAAAUGGUUAUGUAUCUCAUAGUACUGGAGAUUUUGGGUUAAAAGCAACUUUUACUUGUGAAGACAAGUAUAGGUUAGACGGUUCAAGUCAGACAGUAUGCGGUGCAGAUGGAAAAUGGUCAGGCAUACUUCCAAGAUGCAAAAAAAUAACAUGUGGGACUUUACCUAGUCCUUACAAUGGGCAGGCAACUUUGGUAGGAGCUGGUUUAAAUGCUGAAUACAGAUUUUUUUGCUUAAAAGGAUUUCUGCUGUUUGGAUCAGAAACAAGAACUUGUAGGUAUAAUGGUUCCUGGAGUGGUGAUCAGCCAAGAUGUGUUCCGUAUAAUUGUCCUCCAUUAACCAAACCUGAAAAUGGUGUUAUACUUGGUUCAUCUUUAAAUCAAGGAGCUACAGUUAUGAUAAAAUGUGAAAAAGGUUUUAUGCUAAGUAAUAAAAAUUUAAACUACAGAAUUUGUCAGGUAGAUGGAAAAUGGUCUCAUAAUGAUGCUCAAUGUGUACCUGUGAGCUGUGGUAAGCCUGAGGCUCUUGAUAAUGGAACUUUUACUGGUAGUUCUUUUAAAAUCGAUGAUGUGAUAACAUAUAAAUGUAAUGACGGGUUUGGAUUAUCUGGUCCCUUUCAAAGAACUUGUCUGCUCAGUGGAGAGUGGAGUGGAAUAUCUCCUAAAUGUUUAUACAAUAGCUGUGGUUAUCCUGGAUUACCUAAGUAUGGAAUUCUGGAUGGUACUGUGUUUUCAUUUGGAAAGACUGUGAACUAUUCUUGCAGUUCUGGUUAUAAGUUAAUUGGUGACACUUCUAGAAAAUGUAUGUUAAGUGGCACAUGGUCUGGUACCCUUCCUAUAUGUCAAGAAAUAACUUGUGGAGACCCAGGUUUUCCUGAAAAUGGCUUACGUCUUGGAAAUAGUUUUUCAAUUAAUGCUACAGUUUUAUUUGAUUGCAAUGCUGGAUACUCACUAAAAGGUGCUCGGUCUAUUGUUUGUGGUUUGAAUGGUGUAUGGAGCAAUUUGUUACCACAAUGUAAAGUUGGCUUAUGCGGCUCACAAAAAUUAGUUGGUCCAUCAGGAACUAUAACAUCACCAAAUUAUCCAAAUUCAUAUUCUAAUCAAGAAUACUGUCGCUGGAACAUUGUAAUGCCAUUAAAUAAAAAGGCUGUGCUUGAUGUGCGCACAUUAAAAACUGUUGGUCCAAAUGACAGGCUUGAAAUUUUCGAUGGAGUAUCACAAAAUUUGCUCACAGUACUGCAUGGUGCAAUCCCACAAUCGAUUCGUAUUACUUCAUCAUCAAAUGUGAUUGAUGCAAGAUUUGUAACAACUGGUGAAAACUCUGCAGAUGGUUUUACAGCUGAUUAUACAUCCUCAGAAUGUGGAGGUCACAUCACCACCAUUGGACAAGUUAUUACAACUCCUAACUAUCCUUCUAAUUACCCAAAUGGAAUUAUUUGCACAUGGCAAGUGAUGCUGCCUAACAAUAACAUUGUAUUAGCUUUUGAACAGUUUAAUACAGAUCAACGCGAUGAAUUAGAAGCAUGGAGCUCUGUGACCAGUUUGUCAGCGCACGCCAAAAUUGGAACAUGGUCAGGCAAUCGUGGCAGUUUUUUAACUAUUGAUUCGAGCGGAAUCAUGUACUUGAAAUUCUCGUCUGAUGAUUUUCACUCAAAUGUUGGCUUUAAAGCUGUUGUCAAAAAAAGAACUGGAACAAUAAAUGCUUAAAAAAAGAACUGGAGCAAUAAAUACUUAAAAUGAAUUUUCAAACUUUAUUAAUAUAAAUUAACUUUGCACUUUUGAGUUUAUUCACUUUUAUCUUUUCAUGUUUAUUAACAUGUAUUUAGUUUAAUAUUUUCAAUUUUAAUAAAUGUAAAAAAGAAUACUUAAAUGCAGAUUGUCAA